AACAGAAAUUAAUCGCCUCGGUUUCACCAGAGGAAAAAAUAGCUUUACGUCAAUACUUCACUGGAAAUAAAGAACGACAAGCUGAUGCGGCGUAUUUUCUUCCUGACUGUACAACGGAUGAUGAGAAACGUGAUUACUUGAGGUCUCUAGUCUCUACGCCUGAUGCAAAGGAGUUUCCUUCGAAAAGGCACGCAUCGCUGAAAAAGAUUAUUCCUCAAAAAUUCUUGUUCGGAAAGCUUACAGAGAUAUUUUCAGAGAUUAAAGCAUUGAUUGAUAGUGGCGAAUACCACCGCUUUGUAAUUACAGGAAACCCUGGAAUUGGCAAAAGCUAUUUCCUUUUCUACAUACUAUAUGAGCUAGCAAAAAAUGGAGAAACGGUGUUGUUAGACAGUCAUGAUCAUGAUAAAUGUAUCGUUUUCAAGAACGGCGUGGUUGAAUUGGAGACCAUUGGUAAUCUAGGAUAUAUUUUGAACAAAAAUACUACAUGGUAUCUUGUUGAUACCAAGAAACCUAUGCGAUAUCAAGCAAAGACAAUUCUUGUCUCAUCACCAAACCCACAUUAUUACAAGGAGUUCCUUAAGUAUCAAUACACAACGAUGCGAUACAUGCCAAUUUGGAGUUUAAAUGAACUUCGUUAUUGCAAGGAUAUCUUGUUUCCAGAUAUCGAAGAAAAUGAAAUGUUGAAAGGAGAUCGUUUAGGCUCACUUCGUGGACAAUUAUUUGAAGGAUAUACGCAUAAUAUUUUGCGUAAAGGGGGAGCAUUUCGUGUUCGUAAACUUGGUGGAAAUCGAGAAGAAGAGCUAGUUUUAGAGUCCAAGGAUGAGCGAUUAUUUGCAAAGCUGGAGAAUGUGGAUGUGAAUUUGAAUUAUUACUUUCGACCAGUUUCUAAAAAGUUUGCCUCCAUUGAUUCUUUGAUUCCAAAUGUUGGACUUUUUCGAAUGACAAUUUCACAGAAACAUAGCAUCAAAGUAACCACACUAAAGAUAUAG